UUUGAAAGUGGCCGAGCACGCAGCAACCUGGGGGUACGCGCACGCUGGAUUCAUGCAUGCCAGCUUCCGCCCUUCCUUCUGACAAAGACCAUUUCUGGUCGAAGCGUGUUUUCUGUUUUCUUCAGAUCAGUGCCCAUCUAAACAAGGAGAGCUGGUAUUUACCCCUCACGGUCACUGCAACGAGCUUAUCAUGGGUGAUUCAGAAGUAUUUUUUGCGUCUUUAAUUUGGUUUUACUAGUGAAGAGUAUCAUCAAAUUAGGAAUAGUUUUCAGGUAGUUUGUGGCUGCUGGAUCCAGUCCUGUAAGGGAGUGAAAUUGACACGCCAUCAAUUGCGGAGAUGACUCGAAAUAGCCCAGAGCCUGUGACUCGGGAUGGCUGUGGAUAGUUAUUAAGAUACUUCACACCUUUCUCCAGUCAUGGCAAUCCUUAUGAAGAUCUACCUUUUCACCUAUAACCUGAUUCAGUUCCUGGGCUUUGUGUGGAUCUUUUCCAAAAUGACUGCACGUCUUGUUCUAGAGGGGAAAGAGUCUGUUUAUCACACCUUCAAGUUCUGUUGGACUACGAUGUUCAUUUGUCAGAUUUUGGCAGUGGUUGAGGUCAUUAACCCAGCCUUGGGGCUGGUAAACACAGCAGUCUUCCCUGCCAUGGUCCAGGUGAUGGGCAGGAAUGUCAUACUGUUUGUCAUUUUUGGAAGCCUGGCCGAAAUGCAGAACCGUGUUGUGGUGUUCUUUGUCUUCUACCUGUGGAGCACCAUUGAGAUCUUCAGGUACCCAUUUUAUAUGCUGGCCAGCAUUGGCCUGGAGUGGAGAUUGCUCACCUGGCUCAGGUACACCGUCUGGACAUUACUAUACCCACUGGGCACUGUAGCAGAAGCUGUGGCUGUGGUGCAGUCUCUGAGCCUUUUUGAUGCGUCGGGUCUGUACAGUAUUCCUUUACCUGCAGCCCUUGGCCAGUCCAUCAGCUUCUCCCUCACACUCAAACUAUAUUUAUUUGUCAUGUUUCUGGGUCUUUUUAUAAACAUGAGGCAUCUGAUCAGCCAGAGAAGACGCCAUUUCCUCAGGAGAGAACUCAAAGUUGACUGAGCCAUAAGCACUUUUUUUACCCCCAAGUGAAGUAUUCACCAUGCACUCCCACACAAACUCUACAAUGGGGCCAGUAUGAAGUAGGACAGCAAUUCACAUGUUCUGGACACCUUAAGGAUUACAUAGAAGACAACAGGAACCCCCCAGGGGAAGGGCAUCAUACCACAGCAGAUCCAAUUGUUGUGAUUGUCAUUAUGAUUAACAGUAUUUCCUUUUCUUUCAGUACCGUACUACCGUACUGUUUGGUCUCUUUAUUCAUCCCAUCUCUGUAUUACUAUAAUACAUCAUACACCAUAAUCUAAUACUACAAGUAUGCACUGCACUGCCCAGAAUUUUUUUUUUUUAUCAUGGCAGCAAACAGACUGAUUUUAUUGACAAAUAUAGUCACUCAAACACG